CUAGCUAGGAGAAGAUGGGUGCUCUUCACUAUCUUUCAAACUGUUGUAUUGUCACUAGCACAAGAACCAAUAGGAAACCCAUGCAGACAGUAGAGAUAAAAGUGAAAAUGGACUGUGAUGGAUGUGAAAGGAAAGUCAAGAAUGCCGUUAACAGCAUGAAAGGUGUGAAAACAGUGGAAGUGAACAGAAAGCAAAACAGGGUGACAGUGAGUGGUUAUAUAGACCCAAACAAAGUACUGAAGAGUGUAAAAAGCACUGGGAAAAUGGCAAUAUUCUGGCCAUAUGUCCCUUAUGAUCUUGUCUCCUAUCCAUACGUAGCUCAAGCUUAUGACAAAAAAGCUCCUCCUGGUUUUGUUAAAAAUGUUCCGCAGGCAAAUGCAGAUGAACAUACGAUUACUUACCUCUUCAGUGACGACAAUCCAAAUGCUUGUUCCAUUAUGUGAAAAUUAUUGAUGACUUCUACGUACAUGUUAUAUAUAUCUCUCGGUUCCACUUUAAUUUUCUUCUUCUUUGUCUUUUAGGUUCGGGAAAAAGAUAUCAUUUACUUGUUCUCAAUAUGAAGAUCAAGCUGAAUAAAAUGUUCCUUGACUCGUUGUUUUG